AUGUUUAUUUGUGGGGCCAGAAAGGCAUCAUGCACAAAGAGGCUUACACUGUUUGCAAGGUUGAACUCAACUGUGUCACCAAAGCAACCGUCAGUAUCUCAUCAAGAAUUGUACAACCAGGAGAAGUAUAAUGCAAUCACUACAUUACCAACAAAAUUGUCACCAAGGAGGGUGAUAUUCCAGAAAGUUCUUGCUGAUAAUGGCAACAAAGAAUCUCCUAUUGUGUUUGCCAAACAAUGGUUCACCUAUGCCAAAGAAAUUGUGUUGUUCUAUAAGUUGGGAUUGAAAAAUAUCUGGCAUAAUAGAAAGUUGAAGAACCAACUUUUACGAGAAAAGUUUCAUAUUGAUUUGAUAAAUUAUACAAGUAAGGAGAGUUCAGUAGUUGGAGAAGACGGUAUUAGGACAAAGAUUGUCAAAGGGCAGAUCAACAAUGGGAGAGAUUUGACAAAAUACUUGUUGAACGAGAUCUACAUUAGGCAGAUUGAAAUGAAGAAGAACGGAGCGGACCAGGGAAAAUACCAGUUGACGAAUAUUAGCCGAAGCGAGUAUCAGUUGAUUUUAAGAACCGAGAAGGAUUUCAUGAAAUUGCCGUUGUUUGGGUUGAUCUUCUUGAUCUUUGCGGAGACCACCCCGUUGGUGUGCUUGCUAGUGCCGAGUUUGAUUCCGACAACGUGUAUUCUACCAUUCCUUAUCAAGCGACAAGAAAUCAAGAAGAUUCAUCUGAUGGAAAAGGCAAUUGGUGAUGCGGGGAAGUCUUUGGGUUCGGAGGUCAUUGGGGAUUUCUUCAAGAAGGGGAAUUUGUACGAAUUAUCAACAAAAGAACUCGGGUUCUUGCACAAGUUUUUUGGAUUGAGUUUUUGGAAACGGAUCACGAGAAGCUCCACUUUGAAAUCGUUGAUCGAGUACAGAAACGAAAUCUUGGUGGACAAUCAUCUCAUCAUGGACAAUAACCCUGAAGGGUUUGGUAAAUUGAACCCGAUCGAGUUGCUUUUCAGCGGUAAUAAGAGAGGAUUGAUUAGUAGAGAUAUCAUUCAGGAUGUUAAUGUCUUCAAUGAUGGUCAUGAUUAUGGAGAGGGAAUAGAUAAGGAUUUAUUGGUUGCGAAAAUGAACCAAUUUGCAAAAGAUACAAAGUUUCAAAUAUAA